AUGUGUGUUUUAACGUUAGUGCAGGACGAUGUAAAAUCGGAUAUUCUGAAAUUGGUCCUUGACUUUAUUAAAGCGGUUGUCAUCAAAGAUAAUGAAAAAGUAGCAUUUCCCGAAGUUCGACACGAAAAGAAAAUUUCUUUCGAGUAUAAGGAGAAACAGUACAAGGAGCUGUUUUGCACGCUUUACGCGAUUAUCGAUAUAUACAACUGCUACAACGAAUUGUUUAACGAAGAUGAAGGCAAAGUGAGCGAAAAUGAAGAAUUCAUUUUCCAUUUGGCUAGUGACAAAUUUACACUAAAACAGCUAGACAUGAAACAUUUGAAUGAUUUGUUGUGUGAAAAAUCCUAUAUUGUCUCGAAUAGGCAUGCAUCCAUAGUGGACAUUUUUUAUUUCUGCUCUGUUUAUAAACUGUUAAGUGAAAUGCCCCCCAAGGAGAGAGUCGAAUUUUCACACAUAUAUAGAUGGUUUUUGCACAUUCAAGAAACCCUAGUGGGGAAUUUCACUACACUGAAAAAGUUGGAAGUGAGGGACAGCCUGGAAACUUUUCUAAAUAGUAAAAAUGUAGUGAACCCAAGUGAGCGAGCUAAUAAUGCAGGCGCUGGACAACAGAAGGAUGACAAGAAUGUUAAAAAUGCAAAUGGAGAAAAUGCAGAAAAUGGACAGAAUGGACAAAAUGUACAAAAUGUACAAAAUGAAAAGAGUAAAAAGAAAAAUAAUGCACAAAAUAAGAAUAAUCAGAAAAAAAAAGUAGAGGAACCAAAAAGCCUGGACGAUAUUACCAGAUUAAAUAUUAUCGUAGGAUAUGUGGAGGAAGUAGAAAUUCACCCAGAUGCGGAUACGCUGUACUGUUUGAAGAUAAAUGUUGGGGAAGAAAAAUCCAGGGACAUUUGCAGUGGGUUAAGACUUAAGAAAAAUUCAGAAGAUUUACUACAUAAAUAUGUUUUAGUGUUAGCCAAUUUGAAGGAAAAGUCCUUGAGGGGAAGGAAAAGUCAUGGUAUGGUUUUAUGCGCAUCUUUUGGUGAACAAAUAGAACUACUUGCCCCCCCAUCUGGAGUGAAGGUUGGGGAGAGAAUUAUUUGUGAAAACAUGGACGUGAAUAAAUUACCAGAUAAAACCUUAAGCUCUGAUAAGGACAAGAAUCCCUUUUUUCACAUCCAGCCACAUUUGCUCGUCAAAAAUGGUGUAGCAUAUUAUAAAGAUACUAAGUGGCUCUCAUCCAAAGGAGAAAUCAUUUGCCCCUUGGAAGAGGGAACAAUUUCGUAG